AUGGCAUACUUCCUGCAAUUCUGGAAAGAUUGUUUAGCAGAACAAAAGAAAAUGAAAGACUCAAGUGAACGAACAAAUGCGUUUCAAAUAAUGGUAGAAGCGCAGGUGAAAGGAAACGAACAAACGGACAGGAAGCGCGACAAAAAAAUGAAGUUAGAAAAUUUGAGCGAAUGGAAAAUAAAAAGAGGCCUUACUGAUGAUGAAAUCUUGGCUCAAUGUAUGGUUUUUGUUUUGGCUGGUCAGCAUACAACCAGCACAACUCUCGCUCUUUUUGCUCACAGUAUUGCAAAAAGUCAGGACAUCCAACAAAAACUAUAUGAUGAAAUAAACACAGUGCUUGGACAGGAUUCUCCAGAUUACGACAACAUCCAAAAGUUGACAUAUUUGGAUAUGUGUUUAUCAGAGACAUUAAGAAAAUAUCCUGUGGCCACGUUGAUUAAUCGAGAAGCCAGAAACGAUUGCAUUAUAAAAGGAGUCAAAAUACCUGCAGGCAUGAACAUCUCAAUCCCAGUUACAUGUGUCCAUAGUAACCCACAAUACUGGCCAGAUCCCGACACGUUCGAUCCUGAAAGGAGUGACCAGCUAGCCGAAGCGCGCUCUCUCUCUCUCUCUCUCUCUCUCUCUCUCUCUCUCUCUCUCUCUCUCUUAGCAAAACUGAGAUAG